CGAAUAAUUACCAAUGUUAAUUUUGACAGCCGUAUUGUCAGUUGCGAAAUAAUAUAAAUAUUAUUUUUUCCGUUUUCCCGUGCAUAUGAAGCUGAUAAGGCAGUAAUUUGUGUGUUUUGUGUGGAUAAGAUGUUUCCAAUGAGGAUUAAAAUAACAGCUCGUCAAAACGAGUGGAGAUGUUGUUUCUGCCUCCAUGUCAGAACUGCCACAAUAUUCUUGGGAAUAUGGCAUUUGAUACUUCAUGUGUUGGCCUUGACAGUGCUGGCACUGUUGAUGAGAAAUCAUCACAUCAUGGUGCAAAAGCACAAUGAGUUUUCUCAAUCGGACUUUUUGCCCACUCCGUUGAGCAAAGUUAAGGAGGAAAACAACCCGUAUUAUUUGCCUACAACUCAAGAUGGCAGGACAAUUUAUUCAUCAGCUGACAUCGACAUGGGUGCGCUUAUGACGGUUUUCACCCUCUCUAUCUCCUUGUUGAUGGUCUAUGGUGCCAUAAAAGGAAAGGCAACGCAUCUGUUGCCGUUUUUCUGCCUUCAACUGUUCGAUUUCGCCAUAACGACCUUGACGGCAACCGGAUAUUUUUGCUACCUGCGUUCGGUACACCGCUUGGUGGCCGAACACUGGCACAACCUGCCGUUCCGCAACGAGUUGCUGCAGUUGAGUCCGCAGUACCUAAGUCUGCUCGUGCUGGCGGCCUUUCUGUUCUCGAUGAUGUGGAAGGCGUACUGCAUCGGCAUCGUAUGGCGUUGCUACAAGUACUUGGCUCUCAAGCAGCAAACUAGGCACCACGCCAUACACUACAUUCUGCCAGGGGAAGGCUCUGACCGCACCGAACCGACAGAUUACCCCUCGUUGUUUAGAGAUCAAGAGAGCGCUUCGGCUUUCGGGGCUUUAAAACAAACCCCCCCGCCUUCUUAUCAGGACAUCAUGGACGACCAACCCCCACCGUACCCCUCCAAUCUCUCCCUGUCCCCGCAAGACUCCCCCGAUUCUUCGGUACGCGUCGGUAUUUUCGCUACGACUUCCGAUCGAGUGGACGGCAACGCUGCGCCGGUCGAGGCGCCCUCUGACGACGUCGAAGGCAACGCCGCCCCAGCAGCGCCUGCCGAUUCGGCAACCACUCGGGUUGUCGUUGAAACGGAAGUCGCUUCAGCUGCUGCUGUUACAGCGCACAAAGAGUAAUUUUUCCGUCGUCCACUCACUUCUUUCGCAACUUUUUACAUUUUUUCUUUGUAUCUCAGAUUGCACUAAUUAUGUUACUGACUUGACUAAGUUUCUUAUGUUCACACACUUUGAGAUACAUUCAUUAAAAAAAUGUAAAAAUUGUCCACGGUUUUACUCUUGGUAUAUUUGUUAAUUAGUUGUAUUAAUUAACAAUGAAUGGUAUAUUUAUUCAAAUUACAUAAAAGCAACAGCACUCAUCCAACUAUAUUGCUAGGUGUUUAGAAUUAUUGUAGGUACUUACAGUUGUGGACAAUAGUUUUGUAAUAACUGCAAAGCUAUUGUCCAUGGGUGUACAUAUAGCCAAUUGUUCCCUAAUGUAAUGUAUUUAAUAAUAAUAAUAAUAACGUUAAUCAAUAUGCCUAUUAUGUGUGGAUUAAUUAACAAAAAAUAAAUGUAAAAUAUUAAGAUUAACAGUGUCCUAUAUAUACUACUAUUAUGAAAAAUAAAUGUUAGAUUUCUAUUACCAACACAUUCUCUUCUACUACUUAUUCUCUAUUCUAUACUAUUGCAUAAUAAUUAUUAAGCAAAGUGAUGUUUGUUUCCGAUUAGAGGUCUAGUUUAAUUAUUAAUGUAGAUUAUGAUUAUUAUUUUUAAGUUAUCAGUUUUAAAUUCAUCAAUUGCAAUGAAAUGUACUUCAAUGAUGAUAUAAAAAUAAAAAAAUAAAAAAGGUU